CAAGGCAGAAGGCAAAGGGGCGUGUCUUGAAGAAUUAGUUCCUCAAGGAAGUUCGGCUUUCAAAAAAAUCUUUAGAAAAUCCAGAUACACGGACGUCUGUGGCAGUGGGGAUUUUGGAUUGCUUCUGCUUACUGGAGGAACAGUCCCACAAGUACGGAAAUUUAAUGCUCAAGACCAGUUUCAAAAGAAGAGGGGAGAAAGAAGCUUGACGAGUUGGAGUUUGAGUGACUGAAAGAGAGCUGCAAUGGAUACCUUCAGCUCAAAGGACAUGGCUAUGAAGGCCCAGAAGAAGAUUCUCAGUCACAUGGCCAGCAAGUCUAUGGUACAAGCGCUCAUUGACGAUACCAGCAGCGAUAUCCUCGAUGAACUCUACAGGGUUUCGAAAGGGUACACAGGCAGCCGGGCAGAGGCCCAGAAUGUGGGGAAGGACCUAAUCAAGGUGGCAGUGAAGCUCAGUGUCCUCUAUCGCCACAAUCGCUUCAGUGUGGAGGAGCUCAGCUUGGCCCAGGACUUCAAAAAGAAACUCCGCCAGGUUGCCAUGACCGCCAUAAGCUUCUAUGAGGUGGACUUCACAUUUGACAAGAACGUGAUGUCAGAAAUCCUGACGGCGUGCCGAGACCUGCUGCUGAAGCUGGUGGACAAGCACCUCACCCCCAAAUCCCACGGCAGGAUCAAUCAUGUCUUCAGUCACUAUUCCAACCCAGAGCUACUUGCCAGUCUCUAUUCUCCAAAUGGACCGUUCUCGUCCAACCUCACCAAGAUCUGCACUGGCUUGAACAAGCUGUUGGAGGACGACAAAUUAUGAGCUGACUGUCCUGCUUGAAAUAGAGACACUGCUGGGGAUCAAGUCCAAACUGAAACGGAGGAGAGAACAAGGUUCUCACAUUACUGAACAAGAACUAAUAUGUACACAAAAACUAUUUGAGAUGGGGCAGUCCAACCUGAUCUUUUUCUAAGAUGAAGCCACAUCAAAUAAGCCAAAUGCGACAGCAACAAAAAUGCUUGGCUAUUCCAGUGGAAUUUCCCUCUUCGGAUGCAAUAAUUACAAAAACACAUCUUAAAAUGAUCAUAUACCAGAACGUCUUGCAUUUCAACAUUCAAAGCCAUCGCUCGUCUGUUUGUGUCACGCAUGUCGAUAAAAAAAGACGUUGCAUACCGGUAUAAUCCACUGCUAUCUGAGCACGUGAAGUAAUUUUAGUACCAUAAAAGCAAAGCGCGCAAUAUUUGAGAGCACUGUAAAAACCACUGCCAUCUAGCGCUGUAAAAAAGAAUUGCUAUGGGUUAAAAUUUAUAUAUACGGUGCAAACCUACUGUAAAUUACACGCUAUUUUGUUAUUAUAAACAGUGUUGAAUGAUAAAAAUGAACCACCACUUUAGAGCUGACAUCUGGUUUUCAUAAAAGUUCAAGAUAUAUGUAUAUUAAUUAUGCUGAUAAGAAUUCUAUAGAUUUUUUUCUAUAAAACGAAAAUAAAACAUG